ACUACUGGAGAGUUGAACUAGAUUCUUCACAUAAAUGUGCCUUCAAAUGCAAAAGAGAAAGUACAUUCAAAAGCAACCAGUGUUGUGUACUCUCUCUCCCUCUCUCCCAAACUACUUAAAUCUCUCUCUCUCAUAUAACACAUGUUUAUGAAUAUCUGCAGUAGUGUUGUGAAGCUGAAUUAAAUCAAAUGCGAUGGGGAGUGGAAUCUCGCAGCUCUUCCCCUGCAUAAACCCUAACCCUAAAAAACACCCAGAUGACGUCAUCUUCUCGGGAACCGAGCCAGACGAAACCCUAGGCCACUCAUUCUGCUACGUCCGGUCAUCCACUCGGUUCCUCUCUCCCACACCCUCCGAUCGUUUCGUCUCUCCCUUUCAAUCUCUCCGCUUCUCCCCUCCCCGAGACCCGACCCGACCCGAACCCGGGUUCAAAGCCAUAUCCGGAGCUUCUGUCAGUGCCAACACUUCCACGCCCAGAACUGUCCUUCAACUUGAGAAUAUUUACGAUGAUGCCACUGGGCUAGUGGGUGGUAGUGGUGGUGUUAAGGCGAGUAUUGUUGAUGGGUUUGAGAGUACGGCGUCGUUUCGUUCCAUUCCGUUGCAGCCGUGUAGUGGGGCUGAACCGGCUUCUGGUUUUUUUAUGUCCGGUCCGAUUGAGCGCGGGGCCUUUUCCGGUCCGAUUGAACCGGGUGGUAAUGGCGGUGGGGGUGGAGAUGGGGUUCCGUACUCGGCGCCUUUGGGUGGUGGCAUUUAUGUAAAAAAGAAGAAAAUGAAGGGUAUUAAUGGAAUGAAGAAAAAAUUUCGCCGAAAUUUUUCUCAGAAAAAUCGGCCUUGGGUUGUGCCUGUCCGGAAUAAAGAAGAGUGUGAUAAUAAUAAUGGGAAUGAUUUUAAAGAUAAUGGUAAUGUGGGGUCAGAUGUGGGGCCUGGGACUGAUGAUGUGCAAUGGGCUCUGGGGAAAGCAGGGGAGGAUAGAGUGCAUGUGGUUGUAUCGGAGGAGCAUGGUUGGUUGUUUGUUGGGAUUUAUGAUGGGUUUAACGGGCCUGAUGCGCCCGAGUUUUUGAUGGGGAAUUUGUAUAAGGCUGUUUUUAGGGAAUUGGAGGGGUUGUUUUGGGAUUGUGUGGAUAGUGGAAAUGUAGGAGAGGUGGGAAAUGUGGAUGAUUUGAAUGUAAAUGCGGUGGAAGGACGGGGGACUGAGGAGUGUUUGGAUGGAGGUACGGAUAGUGAGGUGAAUGUGAAGAAGGUGACUUUUGAUGUUGAUGAGAUUCGGGUUAGGAGAAAGAGAUUAUGGGAGUAUUUAGCUGAGGAUCCGGAGGACGGGGUUGAUCUUUCUGGUUCCGAGAGGUUUGCAUUCUCUGUUGAUGAUGCAGUUAGUGUAAAUAAGGAUAGUUCUGGGGCUAGUAGAAGGUCUUUGUUGUUGUCAAGGUUGAAACAUGGGUUGGUUAGGAGUAAGGAUGGUGGGAAAUUGUUUUCUUGGAGAUUUGGGUUGGAAGAUAAGGAGGAAAAGGCAGGGUUAGAUGAGAACGUUGGAGUGGGCGAGGAAAAAAAUGGGAAUAUUAGAAGUAGCAGGAAGCGGAAGGUGGGUCCAGUUGACCAUGAGAGUGUUUUGAGGGCAAUGUCAAGGGCUCUUGAGUAUACUGAGGCUGCCUAUUUGGAUAUGAGUAACAAGGUUCUUGAUCGAUAUCCAGAGCUUGCAUUGAUGGGUUCUUGUUUAUUGGUUGCCCUGAUGAGGGAUGAGGAUGUGUAUGUAAUGAAUGUCGGAGAUAGUAGGGCAAUCGUGGCACACUAUGAACCUCGAGAAGUUAGUUCAGGUGCAAAAUCCAAGGGACUCGGGGUUAUUGGGUCAGCUGCUGAAGCUAUAGUUGAGGAGUCCGUAGAUGGCUGUAAGAGGGAAAAGGAGAUGGCCAUUGAGGUUCCAGCUGAUGCUCUUAGAUUGACUGCACUGCAGUUGUCUACUGAUCAUAGCACAAGUAUUGAAGAGGAAGUUAUAAGAAUCAAGAAUGAGCAUCCAGAUGAUAGGAAUUGCAUCGUCAAUGAUAGGGUGAAAGGUCGUCUUAAAGUUACUCGUGCAUUUGGGGCUGGAUUCCUGAAACAGCCCAAGUUAAAUGAAGCUUUAUUGGAGAUGUUUCGGAAUGAAUAUAUUGGUACUGCCCCAUAUCUAUCAUGUUCGCCUUCACUACUUCAUCACAAGCUCCGUAAUCAAGAUCAAUUUUUAGUGCUCUCUUCUGAUGGUUUAUAUCAGUACUUUAGCAAUCAGGAAGUCGUUUCUUAUGUUGAAUGUUUUAUCGAAAAGUUUCCAGAAGGGGACCCCGCUCAGCACCUUAUAGAAGAGCUUCUUAAUCGUGCAGCCAAAAAAGCUGGAAUGGAUUUGCAUGAAUUGUUGGACAUACCACAUGGAGAUCGUAGGAAGUAUCACGAUGAUGUUACUGUUAUGGUGAUAUCACUCGAAGGGGGAAGAAUUUGGAAAUCAUCAGGAAAAUACCUCUAAAAUUCUUCAAGCAUAAUUAAAAGCUAUGUACUGUUACGUGUAUAUGAUGUUGGGCUCCAUUUUGAUCCCCUCUUGGUAAAGCAGCUUGGAGAGCUCAAAAGUUUUGUUCAAUGCCUAUAUUCCCCUGGAAAACCCUGCAUCAAUAUGGUCAAAACAAACUGCUAAAGUCCACACAACUCAACUUAGAUUCCAAGAUAGAUUGGUUUCUGAGUGGGAAAUGUAGAGAAUUUUUGUAGCUGAAAGUUGAGUUUAGAAAACUGGGUAAGACCCAACAUGUAAAAGAAAAAAGAAUAGCAGAGAUCAUUUUCUCUUUAGAGUUGAUAUAGGCAGAUAAGUUCUUUUCAUAUGUUGUUCACAGCUGGAAACGUGCUUGUAAUCUGGUGGGGGUGUUGAUAUAUACACAAAAAGUUAGCAAUUUCAGUUGGCAAAA